UUUAUUAAAGAGCCCGUCUCUGCUCCGAGCCUGGCCUGGAUGCUUGUACUGGUGGCAGCUUGUUUUCCCUGUUAUCCGCCCGGGGUCCUUACUAGUCACCGCUGCCAAACUCGGGCUCUGCCGACGCCGUCUUCAACGUUACAGCGGCACAGAAGACGGGACUACGGGGUCACAGAUGGACCAGCAGGACCAAUCCUACAUGUUUGCCAGUCUGACGCGGCCUCACUCCGAGCAGCUGCUGCAGGGUCUCCAGCUCUUGCGGCAGGAUCACGAACUAUGUGACAUUGUCCUGCGCGUGGGUGACGCCAAGAUCCAUGCCCACAAGGUAGUGCUGGCCAGCAUCAGUCCUUACUUCAAGGCCAUGUUCACUGGCAACCUGUCUGAGAAGGAGACCUCCGAGGUAGAAUUCCAGUGCAUCGACGAGGCCGCGUUGCAGGCCAUCGUCGAGUAUGCCUACACUGGCACUGUGUUUAUCUCCCAGGAAACGGUGGAAUCUUUGCUACCGGCGGCCAACUUGCUCCAGGUGAAGCUGGUACUAAAGGAGUGCUGCUCCUUCUUGGAGAGCCAGCUGGACGCCGGGAACUGUAUAGGCAUCUCCCGGUUUGCGGAGACCUACGGCUGCCACGAUCUGUGCUUGGCUGCCACCAAGUUCAUCUGUGAGAACUUUGAGGACGUUUGUCAAACUGAGGAAUUCUUUGAACUGACUCGGGCGGAGUUGGACGAAAUUGUGUCAAACGACUGCCUGAAAGUCGUCACCGAGGAGAGCGUGUUUUACGCGCUGGAAUCCUGGAUUAAAUAUGACAUUUCCGAGAGACAGCAGCACCUGGCUCAGCUGCUGCAUUGUGUUCGCCUUCCUCUGCUCAGUGUCAAAUUCCUCACUCGCCUGUACGAAGCCAACCACCUCAUACGAGAUGACCACGCAUGCAAGCACCUGCUCAACGAGGCCCUCAAAUAUCAUUUUAUGCCUGAGCACAGACUUUCCUACCAGACUGUGUUGUCAGCACGGCCCCGGUGUGCUCCGAAGGUACUGCUCGCUGUCGGAGGCAAGGCUGGACUUUUUGCCACUUUAGAAAGCAUGGAAAUGUAUUUUCCCCAGACAGAUUCGUGGAUAGGACUCGCACCUCUCACCGUCCCUCGCUAUGAAUUUGGUGUAGCAGUGCUGGACCACAAGGUCUACGUAGUGGGUGGCAUCGCCACGCACAUGAGACAAGGCAUCAGUUAUCGUAGACACGAGAGCACAGUGGAGAGCUGGGACCCCGAAAGCAACACCUGGUCCUCGGUGGAGCACAUGGCGGAGUGUCGCAGCACCCUCGGGGUGGUGGUCCUGGCUGGAGAGCUGUAUGCUCUGGGGGGCUACGAUGGCCAAUAUUACCUGCAGUCGGUGGAGAAAUAUGUUCCCAAGUUGAAGGAGUGGCAGCCGGUGGCUCCCAUGACCAAGUCCCGCAGCUGCUUCGCCACUGCUGUGCUGGACGGCAUGGUUUAUGCUAUUGGAGGCUACGGACCAGCACACAUGGACAGUGUGGAGCGGUACGACCCCAGUAAGGACGCCUGGGAAAUGGUAGCCCCCAUGGCAGAUAAAAGGAUCAACUUUGGUGUUGGUGUCAUGCUAGGCUUCAUAUUUGUGGUGGGAGGACACAACGGGGUGUCUCACCUGUCCAGCAUCGAGCGGUACGACCCACACCAAAACCAGUGGACGGCUUGUCGGCCAAUGAAUGAACCUCGUACAGGUGUGGGCUCGGCCAUUGUGGACAACUACCUCUACGUGGUGGGAGGUCACUCUGGCUCCUCCUACCUAAACACCGUCCAGCGCUACGACCCCAUCUCGGACAGCUGGUUGGACUCCAGCGGCAUGCUGUACUGCCGUUGUAACUUUGGCUUGACUGCUCUUUGACCCAUGGCCCAGUCAGCUAGGAACCAAUAAGAGAACUUAGACAAAAAGAUUUUUUUUCUUUUUUGUUGUCUCCUCCUCCUCCUCCUCCUCCUCCUCCACCUCCUUCCAUCCUCCAGGUGCAGAGGAGAGCUGCACACUAGUGGCAACACCAGAGAGGAGAGAGGCUGCUGGCUGGCUGGAUGGAAGCAAGCGCCCAGCUGGCUGUCUGGCUGCACGGAGAUCCACAGACAUGGCUACACAGAGUAAGAGCUACGAUGACGUGUAGAUGUAAAGUGAUUUGUCACAGGCACAAGGAGAAGACCGCUCUACUGCUGCUGGACCACAAUAAGGACUCUGAGCCAUUUCCCAGAGGAUUGUGGGAGCAAUUUGUUUCUGUUUUUUUUUUUUUUUUUUUCAUUUAUCCAUCGUCCCAUUUAACACUCACUGCUGCAGCCACGACCACAAGCCUAAAAAUGUUCGAAACUCCACUGCGGUUAGCGUUUCUUAACCGCACAAAUUAGGGAGGUGAAUACUGAGCGGGUGAGGGGAAAUUAAAAGAAUUUGAACGGCGACAAGUAGCAUUAAAAGACGUCAGAA